AUGUACAGCAGCAGCAGCGGUGAUCGAUACAACGACUCUUCCUCACGUCGGGACCACGGCGGAGGUGGCUACAGCGACGGCUAUGGCGGGUCUCGUGGCGGUGGCGGCUACAGUGGAGGUGGCGGUGGCGGCUACAGCGGCGGUGGCGGUGGUUAUGGCGGCGGUGGCGGAGGCGGCUACCGAGGCGGCAGUAGCGGCGGCUUUGGAGGUGGCGGCGGUGGCGGUGGCGACCUUGGCUCGAACCUGGACACGCACAUCCAGUGGGACAUGUCGAAGCUGCCGGUGUUCGAGAAGAACUUUUACUAUGAGCAUCCGGACGUGACGAAGCGCUCGGAGGAUCAGUACGACAGCUGGAAACGCGAGCACCAGAUCAUUGUGACGGGCAAAGGCGUGCCCAAGUGUGUGCUGUCGUUUGAAGAGGCGUCGUUCCCUGAGUAUGUGCUGGAAGAGGUGGUGCGACUCGGGUUUGACAAACCGACGGCGAUUCAGUGUCAGGGCUGGCCCAUGGCACUCUCUGGACGCGACAUGGUGGGCAUUUCGGCCACGGGGUCGGGCAAGACGCUGGCCUUCUUGCUGCCAGCAAUCGUGCACAUUAACGCACAGCCUUACUUGCAACCUGGUGACGGUCCGAUCGUGCUGAUCAUCGCCCCAACGCGUGAGCUGGCGGUACAGAUUCAAGCAGAAUGUAACAAAUUCGGUGCGAGCUCCAAGAUUAAAAACACGUGCGUGUAUGGAGGCGUUCCUAAGGGUGGACAGAUUGCUGACCUUCGCCGUGGCGUCGAGAUUUGUAUUUGCACACCCGGUCGGAUGAUUGAUAUGCUGAGCAUGGGCAAGACAAACCUGCGCCGCGUGACUUACUUGGUGCUCGAUGAAGCUGAUCGAAUGCUUGACAUGGGUUUCGAGCCGCAGUUGCGAAAGAUUGUGAGCCAAAUCCGUCCUGAUCGUCAGACGCUGAUGUGGUCGGCGACAUGGCCGAAGGAGAUUGUGUCAUUAGCGAACGACUUUUUGACGGACUUCAUUCAGGUGACAGUUGGAUCGCUGGAACUGACUGCGAACAAGAAGAUUAAGCAGAUUGUGGAAGUGAUGGACGACCACCAAAAGUACUCUGUGCUGCAGGAUCACUUGCGCGAUAUUUACGAGGGUGGUCGUAUCAUCAUUUUCUGCGAGACGAAGCGCGGGGCAGACGAGUUGAGCCGUAAUCUGCGUGACACUCGGUAUAUCUGCAAGGCAAUCCACGGUAACAAAUCUCAGGAAGAGCGAGACUAUGUGUUGCGUGAGUUCAAGGAAGGCAAGACGCAGAUUCUGGUCGCUACGGAUGUGGCAUCGCGUGGUCUGGACAUCAAGGACAUUCGCUACGUGGUCAACUUUGACAUGCCGAAAAAUAUCGAGGACUACAUCCACCGUAUUGGUCGUACUGCACGCGCUGGCAACAAGGGCACGUCCAUUUCUUUCUUCACGGCUAGCAAUAACAGCCGACUGGCCGCACCGCUGGUCAAGAUUAUGGAGGAGGCCGGGCAGGAAGUACCCCGUGAGCUGCGCGAUCUUGUGGGCCGUGGUGGCUAUGGUGGUGGUGGAGGCCGUGGUCGCGGUGGCUAUGGUGGUGGGGGUGGCCGCGGUCGCUGGUGA